AAUCUAUUUCGUUCAAAGUGAAUCGCGAUAGUCUCCCGCUGUGUGACUAUAGUUUGUCAUUCAUACUGCUUAACAAAGUUUUAAUUUCAAAUUUUUAAAAAGUAUCUAUUUUUUUAAAGAACAUUUACCAUGAAAUCAUUCGUGUUCACUGUGGUGCUCAGUUCUGCCUUAGUAUUUGUGCUAGGUCAAAUAGAUUCAGAACUUGAAGAAAUUCAUAAAAAGGUACUAAAGAGGGAAGAAGACGCUGCCAAAUAUUGUAAUGAUCUUAUUCCAGUCAAUGAAGAUACACGUGUAAAAUUAGAAAACGCUGUCGUUAGAGGAGAAACAAUCGUACAGGAUUUCCAUGCACAAGAAUGGUGUAAUCUGAACUGUAAUCUGGAGCAACUUGGAUUUUUCGAUAAAAAUGGCAAAAUGCAUCUUCGCGAGAUUUACGAAAGCUUGCUUAAAAAGAUUCCUGAAUUUCACCAAAACCGAUACAAACUUUUGAUUCAUUUAUAUCAAACUUACCGAACAACUUACGAUAUGGAAGAUGUAUGUGAGAGGGCCUAUAUUGCAUAUUAUCGAUUCUCUGAAUCAAUUAUGAUAGCUACUAUGGUAGCUGAAAUGAAUGCAAACCCCGAAACCAGAGAAGCCGUCAUGGAAAAAUUGUUGACCAGUGAUCAAGUGCCGAAAGAAUUGGAAGGAGCCGUAGAGAAAUCCUUCAAAAAUACCGAGUAUUUCUUCGAGCUUUCUGUUUUGGAUACUACCGGUGCUAGGGAUGAAUUGUAGAAUGUAAAAUGUACUUGUGUGCAUAAUAUAUUUUAGCAAUUUUUAAUAAUCGAUAAUGAGCAGAAUAUUGUGAAAAUAUACCUACAAAUAAUUCCUUGUACCGAGUUAAAUGUAAAAUAUAUCUGUGAAUUGAAUAGUA